CUCUAUUAGAAAAUUGAGUCAGAGCUGCCAAUUUGAAAGACUCAUAGUGCUUAAUAUACGUAUAUCAACUUCAGCACCAAAAUGUCGGAAUACAAAGUCACCAACAUUGUCAACAACCAGAUCCAUUUGUCUGAUGCUGAUCCUAAAGAUUCGACAGCGUUCCCAAAUGAUCUCGUCCUGAAUGCUAGCGGUGGUUUCGAUAUACCAGAAUCAAAGGAUAUCGACGACUCCGCCUCCCUGUCGGAAGGCUCUGUCGUUUCUAACUGUGACUCAUAUGUUUCUGCGGUCAAUAGGGAAGUCUCCACUUUGGAUACAAAUACCAUCGACACAAACUAUAUCCAUAACUUGUCUAAGGAAAGCUUAGGUGAAAAUGAAGAUAUGAAUUCAACUUCUGUCAUUUCCAAAGAUUCAGAUGAUGAAAAAUUCAUUGACGAUCUUCUUGAUAUCGACUCCACAAAGGGGGAAAACGGCGGUGCUGGUAACAAUUUUAUCGGCAAUGAUACUCAUGACAACGAUAACAGCUAUAGUAGUUAUGACAAAGAGUCCAAAGAAGUCAGAGGCCGUCCUUCCGCCUGUGUUUUCGUUGCCAGUCUAUCCUCCAAUAUGAGUGAUGAUGUUUUGUGCCAAUCUGUUACAAACCAUUUUAAGCAGUGGGGAGAAAUGACUCUCGUCAAAGUCUUGAGAGAUCCUGCUAAUCGCCCUUAUGCCUUUGUUCAAUACGCAAAGGAUGAGGAUGCUGACAAGGCAAUAAGUGAGGGUCAACAUUCAAUUUUGAAUGGCAGGACGGUGAGAUGUGAAAAGGCCAGGGUCAAUCGUACCCUUUACCUCCAACUUGCUAAUGCUGGCAUUUGUGAAAAAACAAUGAAAAAAUUAUUAUCAAGGUUUGGUGAAAUUGAGAGACUUGUUGCAGUCAAUGAAAACUUCAACGUGGCUAAUUCGACCAAAACCCCAAAUAAAAAUUGGUUCUGUAAAUACGUUUAUCGUCAAGAUGCAAUAAGUGCAUUUGCAAACCUCAAAACCAAGGCUAAUUGGAAUAUAGAAUGGGCUCAAAAUUUGGAGGAUGAAUAUAAAAACGUUCCUGAAGUCACAAUCGACAGGUACUCAGUUUUUGUUGGCCAUCUAGACCCUAGAAUCAGCAAGGAAGAAAUGCUUGAAAGGUUUGAAAAACAUGGAAAAAUCAAAGAAGCAAUCUUAGUCAACAGACCAUUGAGUAACUUUGCCUUCAUCAAAUUCAAAACAAAGGAAGCCGCAGCAUCUGCAGUAGAGUGUGAAAAUCAUUCAAUGUUCAAGUUUAAGACAAUCCAUGUUCAGUAUCGUGAGCUGUAUAACAACUAUAGAAGAAAGUUUUCGAACGACAAUGGAUUAAAAUUGAACUUGGCACCUCCACCUGUUAACUUCAAAAGACGUAACUUCUUCCAUUCAAAUAGACAGAUGAAUCGCCAUAAUCAACCAAAUCACCACUACUAUCGGACUAAAAACAAUUCAUAUUUUGAAGAUUUUGAUAGUGGCAAUAAAAACGAGAAUGAAGAAGAAGAAGAUGGACAUAUGAAUAUCAUCCCUAACAACCAAGUUCCAGAAACCUUUGCGCAAGCAAUGAAAUUGAAGCACUCAUAUCCUUCCAGAGGUAGGUUCAAUUUCAACUAUGGUGGGAACAAAUUUAUCAAGGCCCAACAUGUUACUCCACUCAAGAAGUUCUCAAUCAAUGCGAACGAACACCCUCAUGCUCAUUUCGAAACAGCUUAUUUUCCACAAUCCAACGGGGUUGAAAUUGAUGAAAGUAAGUCAUUGAUCGAUGACCAAGAAGAUAAUAAAAGUGAAGCUGGAAAUGCAAGCAUGAGCGAUGUAAAAAAUAGUAGUUUUGCAAAUGAGUUCGAAGAUGCAGAUAAAGAAAACUUAGUCAAUAAGGAUAGCAAGGAAGUUACAGAUUUAGAGAGUACUUCUGCCCAUGAACACAAUUUAGACAAUGACAUGUCAACAACGAGGAGUAAUAAUACCUAUUCAAGUGCUGGUGUGAGAACAGGCUAUUCUUAUAGUUCAGUUGAUAAUGGUGAAAUGGAAGGCUCAAAUAUGAAUAUGGCAUCAAUGGCAAAUCACUCUCAAUACCAAUAUCCAUACUAUUAUUACUACCCAACAAAGAAGAUGCCUUACAUGAAUUCUCAAAUGCAUCCGAUGAUUCCUAACGAUCCUAAUAUUAAUGGUCCUAAUCCGCCACCUUCUUCAAAUCCUGCUUAUUAUUACACAUAUGCAGGUUAUCCACCGGGCACUCCGAACGCCCAAAUGCCAGCAAUGUACCCACCCGUUUAUCUAUACUAUAACUCGUUACCUAUGAUGGAACACCCUAAUGAGGCUAUGGAUCAACCAAUAUAUAGAAAUAAUGAGAAUGUUAACAAUAUGCAAGAGAGCUGAAUUUGUUAAAGAUCUUUGUCAUGGUGUUUGCACCUUUCAUUUUAGGUAUCCCAUCAAAGGAAUUGUAUCGCAUAUUGUUUUUGGUAUGUUUUUGUAGGGUUUUUUGUUUUUGGUUAUUGGAUGUUUUGCUUCAAGAAUUUUGACUGUUUGCUUUGGCAGUGCUAACUGCCAAGUAACAAAUCUAUAGAGUUUGCAUAAUUUUGGUUGAGUUUUGGUUGAUUAUCUAUUUAGUUUUUGCACUCGUUUCUAUUUUAUUUCAGUUUUGUUGCUCUUGUUUGAAGUUGCUU